AUGGUUACCCCGCAUCAAAGAGACAUUAACCUCGUCGCCAUUUCAAGACUCACCAUGAGACGCUCCGAUGACUUCAAGUGCUUGCUUUUGUGUGUGAUAGUCCUUCCGUUUUGCUCGAGCAGGGACACACUAAGCAUAGUAAGCAGGGUCACGGACCCCGGAGGUGCCCCUCUCGUGUCUGCCGGCAAGCGGUUUGAACUUGGCUUCUUCUCUCCGAACGGGAGCUCCAACUUGAGGAGGUACGUCGGAAUAUGGUAUUACAGAUCGGACCCUCGGAUCAUUGUCUGGGUCGCCAACCGUAAUGUCCCGCUCGUCGGCCGCACGGCGUCAUUCGGGCUCCUGGAAGGCGACCUGCAGUUAUGGGACGAUGGACAACCGAUCUGGUCGACCAAUGUCAGGGGUUCAAGCUCUUCAACCCGGUUUGCGAAGCUUCUUGAUACAGGGAAUCUGGUGCUGAUGGAAGACGACGGAACCGAGAGCACUGUGUGGCAGAGCUUCGAUAACCCAACCGACACUUUCCUUCCUGGGAUGCGGAUGACCGACGAUUUCAAGUUGACUUCUUGGGCAAGCCAGGACGACCCGAAAGAGGGCAACUUCACGUUCCAGAGGGAUCAAGCAGGCGACGCCAGCAAGUACAAAGUGAUGAAGGACCAGCAUCCUUACUGGAAAAGUGGUGUCUAUGGCGAGUUCAUACAAGCCGAUGAGAUGUUCGAUUUCAUCUCUUCCUUGCUCUCCAUGACCGCUGCUUUGCCGCCAGCCCGGACUGGCAAUAACUACAGCAACGGCUGGUUGGUCAUGAACUAUGACGGCCAUAUUCAGUACUUCACGCGGGGAGAUGGGUCGAAGCUGGUCUGGUCCCAGCCGACGGGCCGGUGCAGUGUGUUCAAUGCGUGCAACAAGUUCCAGAGCUGCAACGAUAAGAAUGGCAAUGAGACCAUGUGCAAGUGCUUGCCGGGAUUCGAGCUGCGUCCUGGCGGGUGCCUCAGGAAGUCGCAGCUAUGUGAGAAGAACAUUAGUACUUUCUUGAGUCUGAAGUUGAUGAAGGCUGGUAAUCCGGAUGAUCAGAAUCGGGCAGACAACGAGGAGCAUUGCAAGCAAAAGUGCCUCGGUGACUGCAAAUGCCAGGCUUACUCGUUUAAGGAGGAGGGCGGCACCACGACGUGCUAUACUUGGUCGGACGAGCUUGACAAUAUGCAGGAGUUUGCUGAAGACGGCCUUGACCUCUAUGUCCGAGUGCCGCUUUCAGACAUAGAAUCUACUAACAGGAGCUGUGGAUAUUGUGGCACUAAUUUAGUCCCCUACCCUUUAAGCACGGGACAGAGUUGUGGCGAUCCGCUAUACUCUGCAUUUCUCUGCGACAACAAAACUGCCCAGCUUUACUUUGAACGGCACAAAAGUUGCCACAGAGUCACUAACAUCAAUCCAGAAAAUAGAACAUUUACCAUCCAAGUCGGGGAUGCAUUCAACUGCACAAGUAGCGGUUCAACGGAAAUCAAUCAGCAGCUUAACCAGUCCUCGCCAUUUAGUGUGAAUGACUUCAGCGCAGGAGACUCUUUGGGAAGUGUUGGGUUGAGUGAAGUGAAAAUUGAGUGGAGCAGUCCGAAAGAGCCACUCUGCAAUUCCUCCAAAGACUGUGAUUGGCCACACGCAACUUGCGAGAAUGCAUCAGAUGGAACAACAAGGUGCCUCUGCGAUUCAGGAUUCAGUUGGAAUUCUUUCAGCGUCAAUUGUUCUCUAGCAGGUAAAAAUGCUGUCGGAUCGUCGCAGAAAAGACAGAAAGUGAAGCUUGUAUAUAUAGUUGCUCCUGCCGGUGCCGCAAUUUUCAUCCUUGUAUUCGGUGGCUUAUUUUACAUGAGAAGGCAGCAUGGUAGUACUCAAGGGAGCAGGGAAAGCACUCAGGAAAAUCCUGACUUUCGUCUAUACGACAGCGAGAAACGGAUCAAAAUGUGGAUGGAUUCACGCCAGUUCGAGGAGGAUGAUAAGAAAGGCAUAGACGUGCCAUUUUUUGAUUUAGGAGUUAUUCUACAAGCGACGAAUAAUUUCUCAGAUGAGAACAAACUUGGAAGAGGUGGGUUCGGGCCUGUUUACAAGGCUACUUUUCCAGGAGGACAGGAAAUUGCAGUGAAGAGGCUAUUGAGUGGAUCAGGACAGGGCUUGGAGGAAUUUAAGAACGAAGUCGUCUUGAUUGCCAAACUUCAGCAUCGAAAUCUCGUCAGAUUAGUAGGAUAUUGCGUCAAAGGAGAUGAAAGAAUGUUACUAUAUGAAUACAUGCCCAACAAAAGCUUAGAUUCAUUCAUAUUUGAUAGAACAAGGUGUUCCAUGCUGACUUGGGAGAUACGCUUUGAGAUUAUCUUGGGAAUUGCACGAGGAAUGCUCUAUCUUCACCAAGAUUCUAGGCUGCGAAUCAUUCAUAGAGAUCUCAAGACGAGCAAUGUUUUGCUCGAUGAGGAGAUGACUCCUAAAAUUUCCGACUUUGGUCUGGCACGGAUAUUUGAGGCAAAACAAACUGAAGCAAGCACGCAAAGGGUGAUCGGAACAUAUGGAUACAUGUCUCCAGAAUAUGCUUUGGACGGAUUUUUCUCAUUCAAGUCUGAUGUUUUUAGCUUUGGUGUCGUCAUACUGGAGAUUGUUAGCGGGAAACGUAAUGCAGGCUUUUAUCAGUCUGAAGGAACAAUGAGCCUUCUGACUCAGGCAUGGAAAUUAUGGAAUGACGAUAAAACAUUGGACUUAAUGGAUCAAGUGCUGCAUGGAACUUACAACAGAGAUCAAGUUUUGAAGUGCAUAAACAUCGCGCUUUUAUGCGUGCAAGAAGACCCGACUGAUCGUCCCACGAUGUCAAAUGCAGUUUUCAUGCUCGGUAGUGAAACCGCGACUCUUCCAAUUCCGAAAAAACCGGCUUUUGCAAUUAGGAUAGGCGUUUCUAUGGAAGCUUCUUCUUCCAGCAAACCAGAGUCAAGCGCGGUGUUAUCGACUACUCUGGAACAAGGACGGUAACAUUGGAUCUUCCUCGACUCUAUUCCACAUCUUAGUUGUCAAAAGCUUUAGCCAUCGGACAUUUGUUCAACUAGGAAUGUCUCAAUUUUUACCCCAUGAUAUUCCUUUCUCCUCCGGCAAAAUGCAGUUUACUCUAUGUUGAUUGCUGAUGCUCCUCCUCGGCCUAAGACUAUACAAUACUAACAUAGCGAAUCGGCUUCUUGAUCACCGGAGAAGAUUCUUUUUGUCAUUGGUUGUACUGUUCAUGCUUAAGAAUAAGUUUCUUGUGCUGCAAA